AAGAGUCCGUUUGACAACGAUACCGCGUGUCUUAUUAUUACUGUACUGAUUUUACAAAGUAGGUAAAUUGAAUUUGGGACUGUUGCGAGUAGCAAAUAUAAAAAUGGAUUUCAUAUCUCACGAAACGGAGUGCAAAAUGUUUGGAUAUUUGCGGGAUAUUGGUUGCUGCAUAACGUGCAGUUUGAGAUUCGUGGGAACUCGGAAUUUAGAGUCGUUCGGCGAUCCGGCAUCGAGUGCAGAGAAGAUGAAAUACGUCGCGGAGGGCGAAAAAAUAAUGGAUGAUAAAAAUGUACCGUGCAUUACUUGCCUGGGAAUUUUGCAGCAGGGAAAUACCCAAAAACAUGUUCUAGAAAAUAUAAUCAAUGCUGUGAAAAAAUCUGAUCAUGACGAUCCCACCUUCAAUACAGCUUUGACACUGCCGAUUUGUUUGUUUUUGAGAGAACGAUCCGUGCAAUAUGCACUCACUGAAAAAUUUGAACUAACUGAGGUUCAGACAGGUAAUCUCAAACUCAAAACUCAAAAUGUCAAGGAAAUAUGGAAAUCCACAAUGGCGAUGCACCUCGAAAAUGGAAUGAAUAAAAAAAUGGUCUCAUCUCCGAUUCCUUCACCAUUUUUAAUAGAAAUAUGUUUUUCUCAUGAGAAUGACACGCCUGAAAUCAAAUCCUUUUUCAGGUCAAGUGGCAAGAAAAAUGAAUCACAAAUAUUGAGUAGGAAGACGAUGGAAAAUACAUUAGGCUGUAUGACAAAAGAAAAAUUCCAAGCAAAUUAUACAAUUCCACCAACAAGACUAGAAAAAUUUGUAGAAAUUGAGCCAAUUGUCUGUGUACGUUCCAGCUUAUUCCUAGGAGGUCGUUAUGCAAAAUAUUCCCGUGAGCUCAGCCAAACUCCAUGGUUCAUAAAUGGAGAAAAAAAAAUGGAAACGUCUGUUCAAGAUUUGAUCUGUGGUUCCAUGAUCGAGUUGACCAAAGCUGAUUCUGUAAAAUUUUUAUCUUCCGGACGAGAGGACGUUGAUGUAAGAAAUAUCCAUUCAGGUAGACCAUUUGCAGUGGAACUUGUAAACCCAAAAAUUACAAUUAUUAAUGACGAACAACUCGAGGCAGUUGUUCGGAAUGUCAACGAGUCUACCAACAUGGUUAAACUAACGACAAAAUUGAAAUUCCUUGACACAUCGGAUUUGAAAAGAUUGAAAGAGGGCGAGAACACAAAAACAAAAGUUUAUCGUGCGUUGUGCACGUUCAAGAAUGCUUCGAAGAAAUCGAUAAACUUAGAAAAAUUGAACGCUUUAAAAGAUGUGGAUAUCGUACAAAAAACUCCAUUGAGAGUUUUACACCGACGGCCUUUGAUGCCGCGAGUUCGACGGAUACACGCGAUGCGUACGCGUUGGCUGAGGCAAGAUGAGGUGAAAAAGUUGCGAGAACGCAAUGAAAAAACAUCGGACCUCACGAACAUUUCGCACAUUGAAAAUUUAUUCGUACUCGAUGUUAAGACACAAGCGGGUACUUAUGUCAAAGAAUUUGUGCACGGAGAUUUUGGCCGUACGAGGCCGAGUCUCGGAGACAUUCUCGAGGGUGAAUUUGACAUCGUGGCUCUUGACGUCACGGCGAUAAAUCUUGAUUGGCCGUGACGCUGUUGAUGAUCUCCGUCCUUAAUAAAAUUUUCUAAUUCUCAAA